AAUUAAAAAAAAUUGGGGCUUUUUUAAUAAGUUUCAAGUGAGGCACGCGAACCCUAGGGUUUUUCAUAUAAAUCUCAAACUCAUAGCGGCUGCGUUUUAUUUCCGCUGAACGCUAUCUCCAUCCAAGAUCUCAAUCAAGUUCAGUAAGUAGAAUCAGUCUCAACCACAUCAGCCAGAGAAAAUGUCAGGUGAUGAAGCUCCAGCAGUGGCAGUUGAGGUGGCAGCCCCAGCCCCAGCUUUGGGAGAGCCCAUGGACAUAAUGACUGCGUUGCAGCUAGUGUUGAGGAAGUCUUUGGCUCACAGCGGGAUUGCUCGUGGCCUUCAUGAAGGCGCUAAGGUCAUUGAAAAGCAUGCUGCCCAGCUUGUUGUGUUGGCAGAGGACUGUGACCAACCUGAUUAUGUUAAACUUGUCAAAGGCCUUUGUGCUGAUCAUAAUGUCAACAUGAUGACUGUUCCAAGUGCCAAGACUCUUGGAGAGUGGGUUGGUUUGUGCAAGAUUGAUUCCGAGGGAAAAGCUAGGAAGGUAGUUGGAUGCUCUUGUGUUGUUGUCAAGGUAUGUUUCCACAUUCAAGCCAUAACAAGUUUUAUACAAUUUUGCUUCAAUUUUUUUCCAUUUCUUAUAUUGUUGUUUCAUCAUUAUUUGCAGGAUUAUGGUGAAGACCAUGAAGCCCUUCAUGUGGUUCAGCAACAUGUCAAGGCAUAAUUAUCUGGAAAAAUUGAUGAGGUUAAUAGUUUUUUUUUUCAAGUCUUUUAUGGACUGACCUUGUUCCAAAUUAAUGGGUUUUGCACUUAGGGAGUUUCUGAUUAUUUCUUGGUUUUGAGUACACUUCUGCAAAUUUUUGCGUUUAGUAAUCUUUUCUUCUUCUUCCA